AUGCCCUCUCGCCCCCGAUCCUCAAAAGUGACCAAGCACAAUGCCAAUGACCAAGGUCCGAAUGGCAGUCCCGUUUCUCUAGGUCUGAGUCAAAUGGCUCUGCCUCUUCCGCACAGCAGCCCUCUCUCCAACAUCGGCGGCGGUGAUGGCGGCGACAACUUUUCCUUUACAAACCAUCCGAGCCCUUAUCCUACACUAAGCCCUCGGCGAUACACCGCCGCCGAACUGGCCUACUCCAAGUACGGCGCCGCCGUCAAGCUCGACAGCGCCCUCUCCAGAAAGGUGGCCAACAAAACGGCCAAGCGCUCGCCGACGCAACGCCGCUCGGACCAAAAGCUCAAUAUUGAUCGCCGCAGCAACAUGGAGGCCUUUCUCGCGCAUGUCACGGGCCAGGCGGCCAGCAAGCCAUGCAAGAACUGUCACAAGGGCCACGGUCCCUGGAAGGAGUGCGUCGUCUACGACGGUCAGAUGUGUGGCAGUUGUACCAACUGUUGGUACAAUGCUAGCGGCUCGCGCUGCACGUUUCAUGGAAGCGGUGCUGCUACCGCCUCUGUCACGUCUCCUGCCGCCGCACCUCCGGCAGGCGUCCCUCCCGAGACGGUUGAUGAAGCCACCGGAGACAACUUACCCUACUAUUCAUCGCCCAAAGACGACCUCAAGACUAUGCCGGACUGGGCGACGGCGCAUCACGACAACGAGAGCAACGUUUCGUCGCAGAGUCAGUCUCAUGCCCCGGAGCACCUCCCCGCCCAGCCCCCCGCCUUCAUGGAUUACCACCAGCCACCGCCUUUUCCUCACGGCCUGCAUAACGUGGAGAUGGCUCUCGGCGGCGGCGCUGCCGUGGCCGCUGCCGCUGCUCCCUGGAUGGCCGGUGACUCUACACGCCGGCUGAUCAACCAGGCCAUGGGCGAUGUGGCCAUGCUGAGCCGACGAGACAGACACAUUGCCCGAAUCGAGACGGCGGCCGAGGAGCUGGCCAUGCGUAUCACCGAGUUCAACGAAUACAUGGAGACGCCCGAGGGCAUGGCCGACUUGCAGCAUUUCCAGAAGACUGCGAGCUCACACAUGAUGCCUCCAGGACACACACACGAUGCUCGUCUGGAGACCAUGGAGACUGAUUCGGUCCACGGCGGUAGUCCCAUGCCCUGA